GCAGCGAAUCCUCCUCGGGCAGAGAAAGCCAGGGCUCUGUGCUGGGGGUGGAAGCCAUUGCUGCAGCUUUGGGGAAGGAAGGAGAUCGCUCGCAGAGAAGAGGCUUUGGGCUGCCUGCGUGUGGCACAAGGGAUUGCUGCAAAGAGAGAAGCUUCACGCUGUGCUCUCCAGAGGUGCCUCUGGGGCAUGUGACAUCCACACAAGGCACCGGAGCGGGAGGAGAGGAAGCCUGCUUCGAAGCACUCAUCCCCAUCCCUAAAAGAAGAGCUCAGCUCAGCCCCUUAGCCAGCAUGUCUGCAAAGGAGAGGCAAAAAGGCAAAGUGACCAAGGACAGCGUCACUCUAUUGCCCUGCUUUUAUUUUGUGGAGUUGCCCAUACUAGCAUCUUCUGUAGUUAGUCUCUAUUUUCUUGAACUUACUGAUGUCUUCAAGCCAGUUCACUCUGGAUUCAGCUGCUAUGACAGGAGUCUGAGUAUGCCAUACAUUGAACCUACACAAGAGGCUGUUCCCUUCCUGAUGUUGCUUAGUUUGACUUUUGCUGGACCUGCAAUCACGAUAAUGGUAGGAGAAGGAAUUCUCUACUGUUGCCUGUCUAAAAGAAGAAAUGGGAUUGGAGCCGAGGCCAAUAUUAAUGCGGGAGGCUGCAACUUCAACUCUUUCCUUAGAAGAGCUGUCAGAUUCGUUGGUGUUCAUGUCUUUGGCCUUUGUUCUACUGCUCUCAUUACUGACAUCAUACAGCUGUCAACAGGGUAUCAGACACCAUAUUUCCUGACUGUAUGCAAACCUAACUACACAUCCCUAAAUGUAUCCUGCUCAGAAAAUUCUUAUAUCGUGGAAGACAUUUGUUCAGGAUCUGAUCCUAUAAUCAUCAAUGGUGGAAGAAAAUCAUUCCCUUCUCAACAUGCUACUCUGGCAGCCUUUGCAGCUGUAUAUAUUUCGAUGUACUUCAAUUCCACUUUAACCGACUCCUCCAAACUUCUGAAACCUCUUCUCGUCUUUGCAUUUAUCAUCUGUGGAAUUAUAUGUGGCCUGACUCGAAUCACCCAGUACAAGAGCCAUCCAGUUGAUGUCUAUUGUGGUUUUCUAAUAGGAGGAGGAAUUGCUCUCUAUUUGGGUCUGUAUGCUGUGGGGAACUUCCUACCAAGUGAAGAGAAUGUAUUUCACCAGAAUCUGCAAAGAGACCCAUUAAGAUCUCUGACAGACCUUAGUCAAGAUGCCAACAGAAUUUUACCAGGUAAAAAUGGUGGCAAUAGUGACGGGCGUUCCUCUCACCAUUCUGAGAGUAUUCUGAAUCGAAACCAUAGAGAUUCUGGAUCCCUGACUAACAUCAAAAGAGCAAAUGCUGAUGUAGAGAUUAUAACUCCACGAAGCCCCAUGGGAAAGGAAAACAUGGUUACUUUCAGCAACACAUUGCCAAGAGUCAACACGCCAUCACUGGAAGAUCCAGCUAGACGAAAUGCAACAAUUCAUGCAUCAAUGGAUUCUGCCCGUUCCAAGCAACUUCUUUCUCAAUGGAAGAACAAGAGUGAAAGUCGAAAAUUGUCUUUGCAAGUAAUAGAGACUGAAACUGGCCAUUCGCCACCAAGGGCUAUUGAAAUGAGAUCAAGCUCUGAGCCAUCCAGAGUGGGCGUUAAUGGUGAUCAUCAUGGCCCCAGCAAUCAGUACCUGAAAAUUCAGCCUGGCAGCAUUCCAGGUUGUAAUAACGCUAGUCUUUCUGGUGGGCCAAGAGUUUCUAUUCAGUCACGUCCUGGUUCUUCACAGCUAGUCCAUAUUCCUGAAGAGACCCAGGAAAAUAUAAACACAUCUCCCAAAAGUAGUUCAGCUAGGGCCAAAUGGCUGAAAGCUGCAGAGAAAAGCGUUGUAUGUAGAAGCAACAGUCAGCCAAGAAUCAUGCAAGUAAUAGCCAUGUCAAAGCAGCAAGGAGUGCUUCAGAGCAGUCCUAAGAAUUCAGAGAGCAGCACAGUCACCUGUACUGGAGCCAUCCGAUAUAAAACCUUGACAGAUCAUGAACCCAGUGGUAUUGUAAGAGUUGAGGCCCAUCCAGAAAAUAACAGACCCAUAAUUCAGGUGCCAUCAGAAGGUGAAGGGAGUGGAUCUUGGAAAUGGAAAGCUCCCGAGAAAGGUAGCCUUCGUCAAAUUUAUGAGCUAAAUGAUCUCAAUAGAGACUCCGAGAGCUGUGAAUCCUUGAAAGACAGUUAUGGGUCUGGUGACAGGAAAAGAAGUAACAUAGAUAACAGUGAGCAUCACCAUCAUGGGAUUACCACUAUAAGAGUCACACCAGUGGAGGGAAGUGAGAUUGGCUCAGAAACUCUGUCCAUCUCUUCGAGCCGUGACUCCACACUUCGAAGAAAAGGUAACAUUAUUUUAAUCCCUGAAAGAGGGAGCAGCCCAGAGAACACCAGAAACAUCUUCUAUAAAGGAACAUCCCCCACAAGAGCUUACAAAGAAUGAAAGGAGAAAUGUCACCUGAUCCAUAUUACCAAGAAUUAACACAUUUUGAUAAAGCUUGGGCUCUAUUUCUUUUUGAGCGGAUUCAGAAAUAUUCUUGAUGUGCCAAAUUUACUGACCAUCAGCCUGACUAUUGUUGGACAUUGCUGAUGUAUGGUGUGCAUGAGCUUGUGGGUUUCAUGCAAUUGGGGGUGGGGUGGGGGAAGCACAAUGCAAGAACCUAAUGCGAAGAGUUUUCUUACAACUUGUUUCACCAGACUAAAAACAUUUCUCUGAGGGUGACGAUAUCAAUCAAAAUGAUGGUCUUGAACACAGACACUUUAUUUCCUGAAUGUGCCAACUUUUUUAUUUUAUUUAUAUUUAUGUCUGAGGACAAAUGAAUUUUUCACAGCAAAGGCUGUAUCAGUGUUGUAUAUUCACCUUUGCAGAUUUUGCACCAAAACUUUAAUACAGGAUGGUGCUGAUUAUAACUUUACAUAUUUUGAAAAUUUACAUACCCGUUAAACUCAGACACAUGACAUAUUGAUGUGCAGUUACUUUAAAAGUAAUAUUGCUAAUACUAUGACGAUGCUGGCUGCAUUCAUGUAGAAUAGGAAAUAUUUACAGCUUUGUUAUAGUGGAUUUGUCACAUUAAAAGAUUGCAAAGAUUUUGUGUAGUUCUUUGAAAUAAUGUUUACUGCAACAAAAAAUAUGUGGGUGACGUUCCAUUAGAGUGGAAUAAUUAUCUAGUUUGAAUAGUUUUGCUGCUGCUGCUCAACUUUUGUUUAAGUACAGGUGCUACUAAUGAAGAGGCUUCUUCUUAGUGGGCUAACUUGUAGAACUGUUUUAAAUAUUGUUUUUAAAGGGAUCUUUUAAAGUACAUAAAAUAAUACAGAUUUAGCAUUUUUACAAGCGCUCAUUUUGUCUCUCUGCAGACCUUAUCUUUUUCUGUUAAUUUUUAACUAGAUAAUGCUUGACACUGAUAACUGCAAAGAAAUUUGCUGUGAAAGAAGGUGAGCCAUGAAAACUGAAAUUGCUACUGCCUGAUCAGUCACUAGCUAUUGAUUAAUAAGCCUUUUAUCUCACACUUGGAUAUACUCGCUUCACUUGCUUAGCUUAGCACAAAAUGACCAUAAGCUUCACUCUAGUCAUAGUGGAUCCUUAUUUAUAAUGCUUUGCUUUAAAUUUGGAAUGUCUUAGUAUGCAGAAUCACUACACGAGUGUUGCAUAGUGCCUCCGGUGCUAUUGGGGUCCCUGGGACAGACUCAAUAAGAGCCUCCUUAAACAUGACUUUUUUUCAGUUAGGAAUCAAGUGGGUUGUGUCCUGCCACUGGAGAGAAUAUGGAUGAACUCCUAAUGGUGUGAUCCUUCCUAUAAUGCUUUUAUAAUAUGAGGAAAUAACUUGCCUUCUUGGAAUCUGUGUUGCCAGGAAUUACUAAACUAGACUCUAAAGGGAACUAAAAUGGCUUUGUCCUGGACAUACAGGAGUACAGUCAAGAUGCAAGGAAUUUGGUGUAAUUAGGCUGCAACUUCAUUAAUUUAACUCAUCUGGGGACUACCAGGCAAUACCUUGUACAGUUCAGGUCCUGAUUCCUUUCUUAAUUAUUUCCACCUAGUGGAUCAGUCCCCCAACUCUUGGGACCCCCCUGGGAGCCCUCAUAGGAGGGCUAAAGGGCUGAUAUUAGGGGGUUGUCUUCCUGCUGAACCAGACGUUAGGAGCGCUGACCCCAUUCCUCUCGAGCUGCUUUAGGGGAAGGCCCCCCUAAGUCAACUUCCAAUUCUGGUUCAUGAGGGACCUGUGCCUCUAUGGAAUGAGUACCUGUACUGGACACCUUCCACCUACUAAACUGCAACAGCUUGAACCUACUCCACCAGGUCACUGAGCUGCUGUGGAGGAGGCAAAAAAACCCAAUCUGGCAGUAAGGGAAAAAAUCCUUCCUAGUCCCAAAUAAGGUGCCUCGUGCAAUGCUCACAGCUGACCAAACAAUCCCAGGACCUACUUUAAUCCCAGGGCUGGUGGCAUGGAAGGCGAUUCUUGCCAGAGACCCAGGGCUUAGAUACCUUCUCCCCACAGCCCUGCCCGCUCCAGUGUACAGGGACCAAUGAUUGACCUGAGCCCUGCUGGCCAGCCCACCACCUCAGGUGAUUCUUCCCUAACUCCCUGAAGGAAGGGAGCAAGGAGACCCUUAAUGGAGCCAGUAUCUGUUUUCCCCGCUAGUCUGAACAAAGAUGCCCCUGCCCCACCCAAGGGUGAAUUCUGCAGAUUAUGUUUAAGGAAAUGUCCUGUGGUGUUGUAGCCUGCUACUAAUGGUGAGUGUUACUACUGGGCACUAUAGCUGGUGAACGUAACCACAGAAACUAGAGAAUGGUGAGAAAAGAAAAGUAAUUUUUAGAAUAUGUAUUUUCAGAUUAUAAUAUUUACAAGGUUUGUUUUGUUUUGUUUUUGUUUAUAUAUAUAUAUAUAUAUAUAUAUAUAUAAAAUGGAGUCUUCAGUCCUUGGUAUUUAAUAUCAAACCUUUUUUUACACAUUUCCUAGGGAUUGCAAACACAUGAAUUGUCUUGGAUAAAAAAUUGUUGGCUUUAGCUUAGUUUGGGUACACAAUUGAGCAGGUAGAAUUAGCUUUAAUGGAAUGGGUAUGACACAGUCAUUGCUGGCCUAUAAAUUCAAAAAGGGGGACAUAAGUAGAUGAACCUGAAAAAAGAAAUGGAAAACUGCAACUGGAAAUACUGGCAAUAAACCAAGGAUUAUACAAUAUGCUCUCUGGCAAUAUAACUGUUUUGGAGAUGACAGGGUUUCUGGUGGGAGUGGUUGCUCUUUAUUCCUUGGUUUUAGUUGGGCCAUUUAUGGGCAUCUAGCAUAUGUUGCUUUUACUACUCUGAAAUUUGCUGCAUUAUUUCAAGUGCAGUGCGAUAUUUUUCCUAUCAAGUUUUCCUAUUUCAUAACAAAAGAUUUUAAAGCACUUGUGUAAUCAUUGAAAUUGUGUUCUUUACAUACUAUUGAUAUAUGGUAUUCUUUUUUUACUCAAAGUGCCAAAGGCUACUCUUUUUAAUAAUGGCUUAUCAAAUUAUAUUACAUUAGAAAACAAAUGUAAUAAGAUAUACAUUAGAAUUCAGACCUCUGCAUGUAUAUCUGAUAAGGAGCCUUUUGUAAAAUUAGCCUGUGUUUACAUUCCACUAAUACCUUAAUUUAAAAUGGAUGAAAUAAAUUGACAAGUGGCAUCUUCUUAGUGUUCUAAUUUUUCUUACUUGCGAAAGGGGGAACCAAUUUCUUUGUUAGGCUGUGCUUUACUGAGAAAAAAAUACUGGAAAUAUAAAAUUAAAUAUGUUUUUCAAUGAAAAUUCUAUAUAUAAAAUAUUGUGUUUAAUAAACUGUUAUGCACUGUUUUCAAAUGGAAAAAUUUGUAAAUUGCUAGAAUGUAUUUUGUUAAAUAAGUACAGAUCAAUGCUACUGUGUGAGUUUAUUGUGCUAUCAUAAAAAUAAAGAUUAAAUUCCUCAUUGAA